AUGAUGUUCACUGGGAGUGAUGGCUCCGCGACUCGAGGACCAGCGACAAUCAACUGCACCCUCAGCGACAGUGUGGGCAGUGCUUCGGCGAUCUGUGCUGGCCAGACCUCUCUAUCGGGACUAGGGGUAGUCACUUCAACCUCGACGGUGGCAAAUACUUAUGUCCCGGUAUCGAUCACGGCGGGAGGCGACAACUUGCUCUCUGUUGCUAUGCAGACAGCGAGCACUGGCAGCGGGGCGAGCUCGACUAGCUCCGCUGGGGGCUCCUUGAAUACUGGCGGAUGGUGGGCUGCUGGAGGUGCUGCUGGUCUGGCCGCUCUUGGUGCGUUGUGA